AUGAACGAUAACUUGUUCAGAGCAAUGCGCGAUUUUGUCGUAAUCGGCAAAGGUGGCAUAAGACUCACUUCGCACAGAGAACUUCUCUGUGAUCACUUCAAAUUCUUCAGAGCACAUCGAUUGAGACGUGAUCCUCUAGAAGUCCCAGCCAUGACCGAGAAGAUGUUUGAUUCUCUGAGUCUAUACUCACAAAGUGGGAGCCUAACUCGCUUUGCUGUCACACCCCUCGUUCGCAAUACAACUCAUACAUUCCGAAGCCAUACCGGCCGAGAACGUUUCGAAGAACAUGCUCAAUAUCUGCGCGACCUUUACUACGCCGUCGAGCUAGUCGAUGAAAAGCCACUUAUGAACGAAGUCAUGGACGAGAUUCAAGACCUUCAAGCUGCUGCUUAUUCCUUUAUCUCCCCCAGAACGAUCCAGGAAAUCUACGCGAAUACGAAACGAUUCAGUCCCUUACGUCUCUAUGCUCUCUUCUCAAUGAAAAACGAAACUGAGAAACGUACCGAGCAGAGUUAUCGUAGUCCAAACGAUAUGGUGUGGUUCACCUACGCAUUCUGGGCAGCUUCUGAUGGUGAAAGAAUAGAUUUAGACGAAUUCUGCCCAGACUAUGAGUUUGUUGGUAUGAAAUGGGCAUCAGAGGUAAAAUUCGAUCCCACUAUCAUAGGUAGCAGAUUUGGAGAUCACGGCUGCGAAUUUCAUGAACAUGAUGACCCUGAAGAAAUUGGGAAGUGCGGCCUACUGAUAAGUUUCUAG